GGUUCUGAAAAUAAGCCCAAGUCAAAUAACUUUGUGCAUACGAGGCGUGGGCUUCAUUCGCUCAUGUGUCUGUGGGAAUUGCACGAUGUGAUUUAUUCUAUGUUUGGAAUUUAAAAUGGAAAGGAUCGGGAAUAUGCUUUUGCUGUUUGCUGCAGCCUCUUUGUCAAUGUUAAUCGAAGUGGAGGGGAUACAAACAGUGCCACAGACAGCAUGCUUUUUGACUUUACACACCAAGAGAGACUCAAACGAGGAAGAGUCAAGCCUGCAACAACAGCAGAAAGCAAAUAGUGAAAGAAGAAAAGAACAAAUCCACUGUCCGGAUAUUCAACCAUCAGAUGUGAAGAAUAGCACUUCGCUGCAGGAAGAGGAACUAGCCAACCUAGAAGUGGAUCUUUUUGACAGGAUUGAGAUACAAGUAGUAAUGAAUGUCACUGAAAAUGCAAGCUGUCUUUGGGAACAUGACAAUAUCACAAGACACUGCACUGUAGACAAAGCCAGGAAAACCUACUCCUUUCUGAUUUCCCAAGCUAAUGAAAGCCAUGCUGGAAUGCACACGCUUUCUUUCCAGUACACCAAUGUUAGCUAUUCCAUGAGGUUUGCUGUUCGUGUCAGAACUCCUCCCACCGCUCCGUUACUGAGAGUAUUGCACAGAGAGAAGCUCGGGUUCCCUUGUAAGAUCCUGUGCUCUGCUGAAAGCUACCCGGAACCAACAAUUGAGUGGAUUCUUUGCACGGAAUCGAGGGGAAGCUGUUUGAAGUGGGACGGGCAAAACAAAAGCCCCUUGGAGGUUGCUGAUAUUCAUGGAGUCCGUAAGAAAGUGAACUGGGUCUAUGGAUUGGAUUUAUUUCAAUACAAUGACAUACGGUGCUGUGCUGAGAACUCUGCUGGCAAAGAAUGCUCGCAGCUUCAUUCGUUUGAACUCACAUCCUGGACAAACCCAGAGGUUGCUGAUACAAGCGUAAUUCUUAAAACUGGAGAAGCUUUUCUGUUACGAUUUAAAGUUCCAAAGGCUGAUGGGCCUGUGGAAUUAUCCUGGACCUCGGCUAAUGACACCAAACAAAAAUUGGUACCCUUUGAGAGUGAAAGUAUACAUAUAAAAAAGGUUCUGUUUGAGAUCAUUUAUGUGUUCCUUGAUGCUGUGAAAAAAGAAGAUACUGGCACUUAUUCUUGCACUUCAAAGACCAGGACACAAUCUGUACAACUUUCAGUUGUUGAACAGGGAUUUAUCACUCUCACACACGAGGAUGCAAUCCGCCACAUUGUUGAAGGGCAGACAGUGUGCUUCACAAUGGAGCUGUUUGCAUACCCCCCUGUCCGCUGCAGGUGGAGCUCUGCACAGGAGCCACAUCCAUGUGUGGCUAAAGGAAACAGCAGUUAUACGAGGACCUAUGAAUUCUGUAACCAUCAUCAGACUCCAGGGAAAUAUAAUUUCUACGCUGACAAUAAGGACUCCCGUAUGAACAGAUCCAUGCUGCUCUAUAAGAAAGAGAAACCUCACGUGAACCUGAAGCCUGAAUUUGACGGAGAGGUGCAGUGUACUGGAGAAGGGUACCCUGCACCAGAGAUCACCUGGUGGAAAUGUGGAUUCAGUGACAAUUGUAGCGCUGAAUCUUCUUGGAAGAAACUCACCGAGAAACCCAGGGUUCAGGUAUCGGAGGGGAGCAAAUUCGGACACAAAGUAGAAUUACACAUUCUGAAUAUGAUCCAAGUGAAUGACGAAUUUCAUAUUCGGUGCUGUGCGAACAAUACUGAGGGCUGGAACUGUGAUCAGAACCCCCUUAGACUGGCAGUGUCAGUUCCUAAGCCCCAUGUGAGUGACCAGUCUUUGUACUAUGCAGCCCUGGGGUUCUGUGUGCCGGCACUUGUGUUCAUAGUGUGUUUAACGUACUACAACCACAAAAAGAAACCAAAAUAUGAGAGCCAGCUGAAAAUGAUCCAGCUGUUAGGAUCCUCAGACAACGACUACAUAUACAUUGAUUUCAGUGAAGUUGAGUAUGAUCAGAAAUGGGAGUUCCCCAGGGAAAACUUGGAAAUCGGUAAAGAGCUUGGCUCCGGAGCCUUUGGGAAAGUGGUGGAGGCUACAGCCUAUGGGAUCAGCAAGCCAGGCGCCUCGGUGCAAGUGGCUGUCAAAAUGCUCAAAGAGAAAUUCCAGCCUUCAGAAAAGGAAGCUUUGAUGUCUGAGUUGAAGAUGAUGACGCAUAUCGGGGCCCAUGAAAACAUUGUGAACCUGCUGGGGGCGUGCACUGUGGCGGGUCCAGUGUACUUGAUCUUUCAGUACUGUCCAUACGGUGACCUUCUCAAUUACCUGAGGAUCAACAGGGAACAAUUUCACAAGACGCUGACAGACGUCUUCACUCAGAAUCAUUUCAGCUUGUAUCACAAUUUUCAGCCGGACCACACUGUCAGGUAUGGAAGUGAUUCACAAAACGGAUCGUACAUCCCCAUGCACAGGAUUAGAGACACUGCAGCUACCGAAGAGUCUGAUAUACUCCUCAGUGCCGGUGACCCUGCACUCUGCGCUUGCCAUGAGGAGUGUGACUCCAACUAUCAAAACACCAGGAAGAAUCGGGAUGAGGAAUUGCAUGUGCUUACCUUCGAAGACCUCCUGAGCUUCUCCUAUCAAGUCGCUAAAGGGAUGGAGUUCCUGACCAAAAGAAACUGUAUUCACAGAGAUCUCGCAGCAAGAAACGUCCUGGUGACCCACGAGAAGGUGGUGAAGAUUGGAGACUUUGGAUUAGCUAGAGACAUCAUGAAUGACUCCAAUUACAUUGUCAAGGGCAACGCUCGGCUCCCUGUUAAGUGGAUGUCUCCUGAAAGCUUGUUUGAAGGCGUGUACACUGUUCAGAGCGAUGUCUGGUCUUAUGGAAUACUGCUGUGGGAAAUAUUCUCCCUUGGUGUUAAUCCGUACCCUGGGAUUCAGGUAGAUCAAAGCUUCUACAAGCUCAUUCAGAAUGGAUUUAAAAUGGAGCAGCCGUAUUAUUCCACAGAGAGCAUCUACCAGGUGAUGCAGUCUUGCUGGACCCUGGACGCUAGGAAGAGACCUGCUUUCUCCCAGAUUGUUUCCUUCAUGGAGAGUCAGCUGUUUGAUGCAGAAGUAGCGCUUUAUCAAACCCCUCCAAGGAAAGACAAACUCAGCUCCAGCUGUGAUUACAAGAACGUAACGGCCAUCUGCAGCACAGAGGAGGAAGCCAUGUCCGACACAGCACUGCAGACCAAAGGGACUGGCGAGACAGUGACAGAGCUGGGGGAGAGCGAAUGAAGAGUCUGCUCCUUUCAGGGAGCCUCCACAUCCACUCUCAGCUCUAGGGAAGCCAGCUCCUCAUAACAGAAGGGGACCCCCUCUGGGACAAAUCCUACUUUCCCAAAUCAAUCCUUCUCACAAUCAUCACAGAAAUGAUCCAGCCUCGUGACAUUCACAACUAUUUCAAAGCUUAGAUUAUAAAAAAAAAAAGAAUAACGAAAGAAUUAACAAGAGAGGGAUGAAAAGAUUAAUGCCAUGUUAAGGGUGGAAUCCAUUUCACAUGCUUAGAGACCAUAUGACACAUAUAUGUCAGAAUUUUAAACAUACCAGUAAAUAUGAUAUAGUAAUUUACAGUCAAAUUGUGUUAGCUUAAAAUGUGACAUUAUUUCUUUUUAGUUGUGUUUUAAACACAAAAAGUUGAUGUUUGCUGCAGCCCUAACCCAAUUUUCUUUUGGCAUAAGGUAAACGGAAGUAGAUUCAGUGGUUCCUGGAUAAAUCAAAAUGAUGGCACAGCAACAGUCAUUCUGUGUACAGCUAUGGCGGUGCUAUAAACUUUGAUUUAAUUCAGCUAGAAACAGUGUAUUCAAACAGCAUUGACAUUCAUCUACAGCAGUAAUGCAUGCAGUUAAAAAAAAACAGACUGCUAAGUUUUUGUUCAGUUUACAGAUAUUGCAUGUCAUUUAAUAAUAAGUUUGAUUUAUUACAUACUGCCAGCUAUAAGCUAUUUGCUUAAAUGUAAAAGCAUUGAAAAAAACUUUUUUCACUUUGGCAGAUGCACUAUAGCAUUGUACGGUUUUUUAAGCCUGUAAUACCCAGCAUUUCUGAACAGAUGAAAAGCUACUGCAUGUAUGUAACUAAAUUCCAUUUCUUGUAUGAAAUUCCUGUCCAGCAACACACAAUGUUCUGCAUGUGAAUAAUUGUGGCUUGUGAGGCUGGAUCCCACAAUAAUAACAUGGAGGGAUGGCUAAGCAUUGCAUCACAUGUGAUACAGAAAUGGACAUCAUGGGGUUAAAGUCAUGACAAACGUAACAGAAAGUAUGGCUCUCCAAGCAUUGCAGACAUACAGGAAAAGAAAACAGCUGUAACAUUGAAUUGCUACUUUUAAUUUUAUUUCAUAACAUUAUUAUUAUGUAAUUGUUUUCAUGCAAUAGUAACAGUCCCCAUUAACAUAGCCAGCUUGUACUAAAUAUUACAGUUAUAUCAUUUGUUUUUUAAAAAAAAUGCAUUUUGUAAGUUAUUUGCUUUACACAUUUCAACUAUUUUAAAUGUUGUAUUAAAAAACAUUAGGCUGCCAUUAGAACAAGCAUGUCAGUGAUAUUCAUGGAAUCUAGACGCGUCAGUCACAUGAACCUUCGACAUACAGAAUGGCCUGCUCAUUGCAAUUGGGGAAGCUGUUCUCAUGACAUAUUUCAAAAUGUAAGCCUGAUAUACAGACAGCCCCCGAGGACCUCCAGAUUAUAAUGGACUACAAAACUUCUUCUAAAGAAUGUCCUCACAAGUUCCAUCACAAUUUCAUAAGCAGUUCUCCGGAUUAUAUGCAAAACUCCAAAAUAAUGUACAGAAAGACAGACGAACAGCCUCCAAAUACCCUCGUGAUACGGUAUUCAACUUGUGCUAAACAAGGUCCUUGUAAAGUUACAAACGCCCAGGCAUAGGAGGACAUCCCUCAAACCAUUGCAUUAGAGAAAGAGUUACACGCUUGGGUUACAAUUAUAGAAGCCCCUUUACGUGAGUGGGCUGCGUUUUGAAAUCAACUGGAAAUGGAGUUGUGUUGCCCUUUAUAUAUAUUAACGUGUCAAUAAAAAAAUAAGCAUUCUCGUGCAUGUGUUUGAAUGGAUCCUUUCUGACGGGGUGGGGCGUUAAUUUAAUAACAGCCAUGGGGCCAU